GUUUAUCAAUAUAUUACACUGACACUUAUUGUGCAAUUUUGAAAACAAAACAUAAUUGAAGACAGCCUUAAUUUGUGUUGUUUAUUAUCUUAAAUCUAAAGAUAUGCAGUGAUGUUAAAGUAUAAUGCCAAAUCAUAAUGGACUGUCAUCUUCAAUUCACAACAACGUAUCACUUCAACAGAACGGAAAACCUCAACAGUUGCCAUGGUUACACAAUUCAACUCCUCCGGGCCUAAAUAAAAUCACACUAUUAAAUACUACUAGUGACAGCUUAACAAUGCAGCCGAGCUUCCGACAAAUAUCUGAUGUAGAUUCAUUAGAGGACGACACUCAUUUGCAUAAAACUGCCGUAAUAAUCAUAAUGAGUAUUCUUAUUUUCAUUUCACUCACCAUAUCUGCUGCCGUUUUAGUUUUUUGCAAGAAGAAAAAUUCCGUGUUCAGUUAUCAAAAAUCUGAUCAUGCAGAUAAAGAUUAUGAAUAUGAAAUGGAUGACAUAAAUACUGAAAAUGAAUCUUCUGAUUCCAUGGAAACCACUGAACCAAUCAGAUCACAGACAUAUCCUUCAAUAGCAGACGUAAAUUCAUCUUCAAAUAAAAUAAGAUACAAAUUCAUACCCAAAUCGAAUACAUUUUCAGGAAUUGAAUAUUGUGGUUUGGACACGGCACGGGAACAUUCUAAUAACUUUUCACUAUCGAACAGCUUGUAUUCAAGUUCGUCACCGAGUCUUAAUUUUCAAUCACUCACAAUAAAAGUUGAUGUGGAACCAUGUUUACAAUCUCAAUCCUCAGAGUGUUUGACUGAUUAUUCAAUGUACAAUGAUAACUCAAGCACUUAUAUGACUGAACAUGAACACAUUACAAAUUCACAUUCAGCUGAACGUUUCAACAGUGCUAUUCCUUGGGAUUAUGAUUCAAACUCUUUAGAGAAUGAUGAACUGCAAACAACAUCAAUAUUAUCUAAAAACCCUUUUACAGAAUCAACCAACAGUUCUGAUCAGAACUUUUCAAUAAGUCCCAUAUGCUCAAUGAAUUUAUCAAAUGAAACUGUGAAUAAGAAAUCUCAGAAAAAAUGGGUUUUGGAAAAACAAAGUUCUGAGGAAAGUGAUGAACUGUUUCAAAUCAGUAAACCACUUUUACACAGGAGGGGAGAUCACUCUAAUUGACUUCAGAAGGGCAGCCAA